AUGGAACCGGUUGACCAGAGACCGAAUUCUAAUGAAACUCCUGCCGGCAGCUUUGGCCUUGGUGCGGCCCUAGCUGUCGCUUACGACCUUAUUGAGGAUCCUUCCUUUCCCUGUGUAUACUCUGAGGCAGGAGGCGGUAUCGCAACCGCUUACAAUGCUAUUCAAUCUCCCUUCACAACUGUUCUC